GGCUGACUUUGAACGUGUGAUUUGAUUGGUUUGGUUUGUUUGUUGUUUGUAUUUGUAGAAAAAUUAGGAAUGGAUAUGAAAACAAAAUUAAUUGCAAAAACUAUUUAGUUUUUGCCUAAAAAUGUUUUUAAGGGACUUUAGUGAAGUUAAAUCUUGGCUUCAACAUCUCAGUCAGUGACGCAAAACAUCGACCACCUUAUCAGGGACGAACAAUAAUGGAUAAACAAAAACAGACAUGGGAAGCACUCGCAACUGUUAAAUCCUUUGAUUUGGGUUUAACUGGCAACAGUCACCAUGAGUCAGUUUUGCACCAAAGCAUGCAACAAGUUGAAAUUAUCAACUCGGCCGCAACUACACCUAUCAGUCUGCUUGUCCAAUCCCUUGUGAAACAGCUCUGUUCACUGCUAGAAAAUGACACCAUUAGAGCCAAUCAACUCUACAAUACAAUAUGUGAGAAAUUGCAUAGUAUGAACUUAAUUGAUGAUUCUUAUGCCAUGGGUGAAUUUGAGGCCAUGAGGAGUCAGUACCAGAGAGCUUUGUACCAGCUGGUGACCGUUGCUACUGGUUCAGAAAUUCCAAUAACAUUACCAGUGACAUGGCCAAUCAUUCAGCCAUCCGGCCUGGAGUGGUCCCGUUACCACAGAGAGUUUGAGGAAUUAUACUUCAUAGCAGGUGGAGGAUUCGGAAGUGUUUUUAAAGCUAGACAUCGUUUGGAUGGUGUAGAAUAUGCUGUCAAAAAGGUUUACAUCAAAUCGAGUGAUGUCAAUACUAUUAUGAGCCAUUUGUCUGAAGUGAAAACAAUUGCAAGUCUUAAUCACCCUAACAUUGUUAAUUAUAAAGCUGCAUGGCUAGAACCUAUGAUAGAGUCUAAAGUCAAGAAGAAAGGAAAGGGCAAACUUCAGAUGGACCUGGACAGCGAUGAGUUUUCUGUUUCAAACAUAAUUUCCUCGGCUCAUCCUAAUAUCAUAACAUCAUUCAAAACACACAACUCUAAAGAGCUAUACAACAAUAACCACACAAAAUCUGACUUUAUUAUAUCCUUUAAAAACUCCAACAGCUUAGAUGAUGUUGAUAAUACUAGUUCUACUGAUGAAUUAUUUGAUUCUGAUAGUGAAGAUGAUAUCAGAACAGAAAACGAUGAAAAAGUAAUAUGCCCCAUAUUUACGAGUCAGAAUUAUGAGAAUUGUUCCAGGGUUAACUUGAAAUGGGCAACUCUGUACAUCCAGAUGACAUACUGUGAGCAAACCUUGAAACAGUGGCUAGAUGAACGCAACAACCGUAUUGCAAUCAGUAGAAAAGGUUCAGAUGAUUUGACUUUCCAUUCAGAUGCAAAUGAAUCUCCUGUUCUUCUGGAUUCCCCACUUUCUACAGAAUUUAAUUAUCCAAUUACUCUUACAUACAUUGAUCUCCUUGUAGAUAUGUUUACUCAGUUGGUCAGUGGUCUCCAUUAUAUCCAUUCUCGUGGUAUCAUACAUCAUGACAUCAAGCCCAGCAAUGUGUUUGUGGUGCAGAAUGAGAGUGGUAUCAGAGUUUUGUUGGGUGAUUUUGGACUGGCCUGUCCUUUGCAACAAUCCCACAGUGGCUUAGCACUGGGUACACACUUGUAUGCAGCUCCUGAACAAUUGGAUGGGCAAUGCAACCCAAAGUGAGACUUCAUUUCAACCUUAGUGUUCCUUAUCAAAUAAAGGUAUUAUGUUUUAUGAUAAAAUUUUCAGUUUGCUUUACUUCAAACGCCAAGCGUCUUCUGCUUAAUAAGGCCGAAGCUUGAAUCCCAAUGGGGGCUUAUAUUUUUGUGUGAGGAACAUUAAUUCAGGAGUCUUUAUUGUUUAUAUAGUUGCACUAAUGCUCGCUCUGGUUAGAAUUUAUAUUUAAUUUUCUAUUUAUUACAAUAGUUAUAAUUUUCAAAGAAUAGGUGAAAGAAACUUCUCUACCUUGUGCUACUCUUGACAAAAUGUUUGCUGCACCCUUGAAUAUGAAGAGUUGUUUUCAUAGUAAACAUUUGAUUGAUAAAUUGAUUCUCUUUCAGAGUGACAUGUACAGUCUCGGCAUAAUACUUCUAGAAAUGGUAGAACCGUUCAGCACUGACAUGGAGCGUGUGAAAACUAUUACUGAUCUACGAAAGGGCCAGAUACCAGCUCACCUCACUGCCAACUACCCUAAAAUAGCACACAUUAUAGGCAAACUGGUACAAAGAAGACCGGGAAAGAGGCUUGAUACCAGCCAGCUAUUGGGACAACUCAAAACUUUGUCUGAAAACAAGGACGAAACCAUCAAAAACUUGAAAGAGGAACUGGCUGCAAAGGACGAUGAAAUAGCCAAACUGAAGAUGAUGCUAGCCAACUUCACCUAUAAAUCAUAGACUACUCAAUGUGUGUGUGUGUG